AUGGAGACUGCGGUAAAAACACAAUCUAAAAUGUGAGAUUUACGAAGGCAAUCAGAAGAGAGCGAGAGAGUGGCUUUACCACCUUAUCUUGAGCUGGUGAUCUCAAUUUUGUGCUCUGUCGUCGUCGCAGUGUUUCUGGGGUAAAAUGAAGAAGUUUAACAUCAGGAAGGUACUGGACGGCCUAAAGGAGCAGGCGUCUUCCUCGGCUUCGUCUGGCCAGUCGGGCACCCAGGAGAACAAUUUGAUGCAGGAGACCCUUCAGUCCGAGAAUUUUCAACUCUGCAAGGUGGGCGAGUCAGAUGCAUUUUAUUAUGCAGCUGUAUCAAACAUAACAGUCUGUAAAUUGAUGUUGCUGUUUGCGAGUGUAUGUUUCUAUUUUCUCACUGCAUAUUGGCUGCCGCUUCUCUCAAUGUUGAUAGGCUACUUAACGCGCCGCCACCUAUAUUAUUGAUAGCCUACAAUGUUACCGUUAUCAUCUGAUGAACGGUUUGGCUACUAUAGGCGACCACCUGCGUUUGCCUGGUCUUUUUCGUUAACAUCUGUUAUGAAAAGGUAUUAUAAUAAUGAUAAUAUAUAUUGCUUCAUAGGCAACACCCUCUGUCCAUUCCCAGGGUUUGUUAACCCAGCCUGUAAAAUGCGCAUAUGGCGAAUGCGUUUAGAGAUCUACCAAGAUAGAAUAGGCUUUCCAUCAUAAUUUAGCGUUUGUUUAUAUACAUCCCAGCAUUAGACUAUAUAGGCAGACCUUUAUAACAAUCUAAUAAAUGCAUAGGCCUACAUAUAUCCUCCCUUCCGUUCAAAUAGACUGGCUUCAUCGCUCAUGUCAUGUGCACUUCGAAUGAACUGUCAUACAGAGGGGUUGGGAUAAAACAACCAGUUUCUUGCAUAAUCAGAUCCGGCUUGGAUUAACAUGUCAAUCGCUGGGUCCCUGGCCGGUUGAUACAGUGGCUAUCAGUCUCCCACCAACACCUACCUUCCAGUUCCCACACCCGAUCCACUCAUUGAUCCAUAGAGGAAGGCUGCGUCUGAAAUUUAGACCCGUUUUAUCAUGCACUGGCUUCCCUUAUUCAUUGAAUAAGACACGACAGAAGAAUGGAUGGGGUUAAUAAGAGAUCACAUUCGAUUUACAUGCACACACUGCCUGCAAAACAGCUGGAACGAAUGUAGCCCAUCCUUGGGACGCCACAGCAAAUGUAUGUUAUAGUUGAUACAUAGGAUACUUUGCUUUCUAGUCAAAUGGACAACCCCUUGAAUUGUCGCCGAUUUCUCACCUUAUUAUGGUGCUGCACACGCGUGUGCGCGCAUGUUAUUUAUGUGUAAUUCAAUUGUUAUGUUUGGGCCAGGCUAAGAUGACCUAAACACGAUAUUGAAUUCAACACCUGCAUAAGGGCAAUUUUAUUUCACAUGGUAAUGCUCAUGCAGCCACAGCUUCAAGUUCACGGCGAUGUAGCCCCUUGACUAUCCAAGACUUCAACCCCUCCGCGGAGUUGAGCGCAGACUUUUUGAAAUGAAAUCCAUACUUUUUAAUAAAUCGUUAGUCAAAUUCCACUGGGCAAAAACUGGUUGAGUCAACGUUGUUUCCACUUUAUUUCAACACCCCAAAUCUAUAUGAUGAAGUUGAAUCAACAUGGAAAACUGAUUGGAUUUGCAAAAAGGAAUUAAAGUAAUGGCAUUUUGACUUUUUUCAAAACAUUGAAUUCAUGUUAGUUGACAACUCAACCAAAUGUAAAUCAAAACUAGACAUUGAACUGACAUCUGUGCCCAGUGGGCUACAACCACAGACUGUUUCCUCAUUGAGUUGCCAUCUUAAAGCAACAGCAAUGAGGAAACAGUUGGUGAUUGUAUUUAUUUGUUAAUUUGGAUCCCCAUUAGCUUUUGCAGAAGCACCAGCUACUCUUCCUGGGGUCCACAAAAAACACAAAACAUGACAAGUAACAAAACACUGAUACACUGAUAGACAAGGACAGUCACACAAAUGUAAAAUACCAAAUAAUAUCUAUACAAACAAUACAACAAGAAAAAAACAUGUUUGUGUUAGUGUGUCUGUGUGUUUGUGUGUGUCCCAUCACAGUCCACGCCGUUUCAUGAGAUGUUGUUUAAUAGAUUGUUCUUGUCUAUUCAUGUUCUGUGUUAUGUCAUGUUUCAUGUUUUGUGUGGACCCCAGGAAGAGUAGCUGCUGCUUUCGCAACAGCUAAUGGGGAUUCUAAUAAAAUGUCGAAUACCAAUAUGUUUUUUAAAGGUAAUUUUGCUGUUUACUUGAGUAAUUGGAGAUGGAAGGAUGUUCCAUGUGAUCAUGGCUCUGUAUAAUACUGUGCGUUGCCGUGAAUUUGUUUUGGACUUGGGGACAGUGAAGAUACCCCUGGUGACAUGUGUUGUGGGGUACGUAUUGGUGUCUGAGCUGAAUGUUAUUUGAUUAUGUAGACAAUCUGGAAUUUUUAUCACAGUAAUAUUUAUCAUAAAAACUAGAAGAGAAGCAGUUAAUCUCUUGUCAACCCUCAACCAGUAAAGACUGACAUGCAUGUUGUCGAUGUUAGUUCUGUAUGUGCAGUUAAGGGCAAGGCGUCCUGCUCUGUUUUGAACAAGCUGCAGCCUUGCUAGGUCUUUCUUUGCUGCACUUGACCAUAUUACCGGAAAGUAAUCAAGAUGGGACAAGACCAGAGCCUGAACAACUAGUACAGUUGAUUUUUGUGUAAAAAAUGCAGAACAUAUUUUUAUAACAGACAUACCCCUCCCCAUCUUCAUAACAACUUUGUCAAUAUGACUUUACCAUGAUAAUUGACAUCCAAUGUUAUACUUAGGAGUUUAGCUUCCUCAACUUGCUCAAUGGUCACACCCUUUAUGCACAACUCCAGAUGAGGUUUAUGUCUUCGAGAAUGUUUUGAAACAAAUACAAUGCUUUUAGUUUUAGAUGUAUUUAAAGCUGCAAUUUAAUAAUAAUAAUAAUAAUAAUAAUAAUUCAUUUAAUUUGUAAAGUGCUUUUCUCACACCCAAGGCGCUAAAAAAAGAUACAAAAAUAAUAAGAAAAACAAUCCAAAACACAGAACAUAGAACACAGAUAACAAUCAAAGCUAUAUACAGGUGUCGUCAGAUCCGGAGGACAUGAGAACAGAAUUAGCAGAGGUCCUUGAAAGCUUUUCUGAACAGAAUGGUCUUGAGCUGUGCCUUAGAGGACAGAGACUCUGCAGCCCUAAUAGUGUCUGGAAGUGCGUUCCACGGCCGUGGAGGCAUGCAACUGAAAGCCCUGUCACCCAUAGCUUUUAAUCUGCUGCGGGGCUGCUGAAGGGAACGGACCUGGAGGAGCGAAAUGUGAAUUAUAGAUCUAUCAUUCUCAUUGAAACAAGUCUAAGAAGCAGUGGAUUUGUUCUAUGUGCGCUAUUUCUAUGCUUUUUGCAUUUUGUACACCAGCUUCAAACAGCUGAAAAUACAAUAUUGUUGGUUAUUGAAAAUAUAUUUCACUGCGUUUUAGAUGGUACAAUGAUUCCCUACACUAUACAUUGCUUGUUUUGUCACAUAAACUCAAAUUAGGCGAACUUUUAGAAUUUUAGCAACCAGGAAAUGGCAGAGCAAUUUCUGCAUAUUGCACCUUUAAGACCAGUUUAUUAUUAAUCACCCAUUCUGAUACUGACUGUAACUCCUUAUUUAGAAUUUCAGUGAGCUCACUGGCUUUGGGUGCUGACAUGUAAUGUGUAGAAUCAUCCACAUACAUAGUCAUUCUAGCUUUGUGUAAGACCAGUGGCAAAUCAUUUGUAGAAAUAGAGAAGAGUAACGGCCCAAGGAACUGCCCUGAGGGACACCACACUGUACAUAUCUGAUGUUAGAAAAGCUUUCUUUGAAGAACACUCUCUCUGGAUUCUAUUGGAUGAAUUGAAGUUUUAUUAAAAAGUAUGGAUUUCAGCAAACAGAGGCACGCAACAACAGAGGACAAACAUAGGUACACGGUAAGGGUUUAAGAAUUUACAUUUUUGAAGUAUCGACCGCAUAGCGACUCGAAGGAGGCAGAGGUUCAUUUAAAAACUCUAGUCUGCCCUCAACUCUGUGGAGUUGACAUGACAUUAGGCCUACAUACAGUUUUUUUAUCCCUUGGGGCAAUGGCAGCCCAGCGUUGAGUAAUGCCUCUCAUUUCUACGUGGCACAGUUUUGCACGCUUUAACAUGAAUAUUAGUGAAUGCUCUUGGGAAAGAUUCAUAUCGUUAGGCCUAGAUAAUGUAAAUGAUUUGUGGUAGCUUAUGUAAUUGAAAACGCAGGCCUAUUGGUGACGUGUUUCUCUCCGUCGCAAGAGUGCACAAGGGUUUCAACAUUUGCGCAUGGCUAGACCCGUGUAGGCCUAAUAUCUGGAAUGGUUGGCUAGAACAGCAUAAGCUACAUGUCGCCAAUUAUUUUGGUGAAAAUACAAAAAAAAUAGGUUUUGCGGUUUUGAUUGAGCCUGGUCCUGGAGUGUCAUAAUUGGGUUGGCGCUCCAGGCGCAUAUGGUCGAGGGAAAUCAUCCAAAGCCCGGCCUGUGGUGCCGCUGCUGCCUGCACUAGGGCAGGUGUCUGCUACAGUGGAGCGGCUCUUACAUAAUAUGCUUUAGCACUCUGCUCUGCUCUGGCUUUAAGCAAACAAAUAGGCUACAAAACCCCCCCGACUGACUUACUGGCUGAUGCAAUAGGCUCCAGCAGCUGCAGCAUAUUGUGGUAGACCUGUCACGCCCCAAAGUGAUGAGUUUUAUUGCUGUGUUUUAUUUCUACAGUAGGAAUGUCAUCAUGACUAGCUGCUAUGUGGGAGACGCCAUCAAAAGAGAUGGUGUUGUUGCUAGUAUCUGAAAACGGGCCUAUGCAGACACAAUAUGAUGGAACCUAACUGAUACAACAACAACAAAAAAUCCCAGUUAAAUUGCUAGUUUUUUCUACGGUCAUUGCUAUUGUGCUCACUGUUGUGCUGUAUAUUUUCGUUCCUUUCACAGACUUCAAAUUGCGGUUUGAGUAAGUAUUCAGACCCCUUGACAUUUUUCACAUUUUGUUACGUUACAGCCUUAUUCUAAAAUUGAUUAAAUAGUUUUUUUCCCCUCAUCAAACUACACACAACACCCCAUAAUGACGAAGCAAAAACUGGUUUUUAGAAAUUGUUGCAAAUUUAUAAAAAAUAAAAAAACUGAAAUAUCACAUUUACAUAAGUAUUCAGACCCUUUACUCAGUACAUUGUUGAAUCACCUUUGGCAGCAAUUACAGCCUUGACUCUUCUUGGGUAUGACGCUACAAGCUUGGCACAUCUGUAUUUUGGUAGUUUCUCCCAUUCUUCUCUGCAGAUCCUCUCAAGCUCUGUCAGGUUGGAUGGGGUGCGUUGCUGCACAGAUAUUUUCAGUUCUCUCCAGAGAUGUUCGAUCGGGUUCAAGUCCGGGCUCUGACUGGGCCACUCAAGGACUUUCAGAGACUUGUCCCGAAGCCACUCCUGCGUUGUCUUGGCUGUGUGCUUAGGGUCUCUGUCCUGUUGGAAGGUGAACCUUCGCCCCAGUCUGAGGUCCUGAGCGCUAUGGAGCAGGUUUUCAUCAAGGAUCACUCUGUACUUUGCUCCAUUCAUCUUUCCCUCGAUCCUGACUAGUCUCCCAGUCCCUGCUGCUGAAAAACAUCCCCACAGCAUGAUGCUGCCACCACCAUGCUUCACAGUAGGGAUGGUGCCAGGUUUCCUCCAGACAUGACGCUUGGCAUUCAGGCCAAAGAGUUCAAUCUUGGUUUCAUCAGACCAGAUAAUCUUGUUUCUCAUGGUCAGAGAGUCUUUAGGUGCCUUUUGGCAAACUCCAAGCGGGACUUCAUGUGCCUUUUACUGAGGAGUGGCUUCCGUCUGUCCACUCUACCAUAAAUGCCUGAUUGGUGGAGUGCUGCAGAGAUGGUUGUCCUUCUGGAUGGUUUUCCCAUCUCCACAGAGGAACUCUGGAGGUCUGUCAGAGUGACCAUCGGGUUCUUGGUCACCUCCCUGACCAAGGCCCUUCUCCCCCGAUUGCUCAGUUUGGCCGGGCGGCCAGCUCUAGGAAGAGUCUUGGUGGUUUCAAACUUCUUCCAUUUAAGAAAGAUGGAGGCCACUGUGUUCUUGGGGACCCUUCCCCCAGAUCUGUGCCUUGACACAAUCCUGUCUCGGAGCUCUACGGACAAUUCCUUCAACCUCAUGGCUUGGUUUUUGCUCUGACAUGCACUGUCAACUGUGGGACCUUAUAUAGACUUUCCAAAUCAUGUUCAAUCAAUUGAAUUUACCACAGGUGGACUCCAAUCAAGUUGUAGAAACAUCUCAUGGAUGAUCAAUGGAAACAGGAUGCACCUGAGCUCAAUUUUGAGUCUCAUAGCAAAAGGUCUGAAUACUUAUGUAAAUAAGUUAUUUCUGUUUUUUUAUUUUUUUGUAAAUUGGCAAACAUUUCUAAAAAAAAGUCAAGGGGUCUGAAUACUUUCUGAAUGCACUGUAUGUGGACACAAAACUAACGUUACUCCAUUGUGAGAACAAAUAUGAAAAUUCCCUCUAAGCCUGAUUUACCUGUUGUUUCCUCAUCGCCCUGCUUUGCUGCCCUCUAAUUGGACGCCCAGACUGUCCGUCAUGGCUUCCCCUAUCAGCCGUCGUCCAUGGCCCAUGACCCAGUCCAGAAGAUCCUGGCCAUUGGGACCCAGAGUGGGGCCCUCAGACUGUAUCCUUUCUGCUCUGUGUGGAGCUGUGUUUAACUCCAUUGAUCUCUUUGUGCUUUGUUCCCUGGGUUCUUGGGGGAGGCCCUGCAUGGGGCAACUCUCAGCCCAGACCAGCAGCAGGUAGGUGGAUGUAUGGAUGGAUGGGUGGAUUGAUGAAUGUUUGGAUAGAUGGAUGAAUGAAUGGAUUGGAUAGAAAGACAAUCAGAAUGUCCUGGGAAGAACAGGCUGAGCUCAUGUGUGUUUAUGUAUACUCAGUCUAUCCAUAUGUAAUAACACAUAUUACAGUAUAAUUGCAUGUUACAUUGUAAAAAUAAAAAAUCCUGAUAUAGAGCUAGCAGCCUGUUUACAGGGACAACAGCUUGCUGUGCUUCACAACACAAAGCAGUGGAAUGGCACCACAGGGAGCCAUAGCUACAGAGAGCACCCACCCACUAGCUCGCCUCCUGCCUGCCUCUCUGCCUGCGUCAGGCCCCUUUACUGUUCCAGCGUGUGUUCUCGCUGAAAAACAACUCAUUAAGGUGUGAUUAAGGGGUGGACAGGCGGGCGGCAACAUCCCUCUGUCUCUCUGCCUGUCUGUCUCUGUCUUUUUGUCCCUCCCUGCUGUUUGUCUUUCUGUCUCUCCUUGCUGUCUUUCUUUGUUCCUGCCUGCUGUUUGUCUUUCUGUCUCUCCUUGCUGUCUUUCUUUGUUCCUGCCUGCUGUCUUGUACAAGUGGGCUUCAUGUCUACUUAUAUCUGAAUGAAAAGGUGAGGCAAAAUAAAAUCCCAGUUCUAUAGGUGCAGGAUGGCGAUGUUGAUUUAAGGUCAGUUUAGCAUACUAUUUGCAUUGAUUUUAGAUUGGUGUCAAUCAAGAUGUAACCAUAGAGUUGUUGAUAUGCUGGCUAUGCUGGUCAGUUGAUGCAACAUGUGCUUUCUUUGACCACUUCAGUUGAAGUUGAAACGUCAGUGAAUGGUUCAGGGUUUGACAAUUCUUCCUCCUCACUGAUGUUGGUAGCUUUGAAUUUGAGAGAAUAGAAAAACGUCUUGACUUCAGUCAGCUCUUUGAGUGAUGUGGAACAGACAGAGAUAGGUUCUUAUCUCUGGGAGAGGAAGGUGAAUGGGGAGUCAUGCAACUGCCUGCGCUUUUUCCUUCUUCGAUCAGUGCUCUAGAUGACGACUCGGCCCGCUCUUGCCUAAUCUGAUAAUGAUGAUGCCUGAUACAAAAGAGAUGCUCUUAUUGGUCCUUUUUUUAUUUGUCCUUUGAUGAAGAUGAUUUGGCUCAAGGUCAAGUUGUAGGCAUUUGUUAUAGCUGUAGUUGUGUAGCCCUAUGUUUGCAGUAUGUCUAUAGCUUCAUGCUGUAGCACUAGAUUUGUCUCUGUGGCGCUGAGCCUGAUUGUAUUAGCCUUAUAGGACUCUUUGCUCGCAAUGCUUGUAACUAUGUUCUGUAGCAAUCCUUGCAGCUCUAGCUCAUUGUCUGUCGUGUGGCUGUAUACUAUAGCCUUAGGGCCUUGUUGUACGAUGUCUGUCCUGUAGCUCUAUGUCUGCCCUGUAGCUCUAUGUCUGUCCUGUAGCUCUAUCUCUUUCCUGUAGCUUUAUGUCUGUCCUGUAGCUCUAUGUCUGUCCUGUAGCUCUAUCUCUAUCCUGUAGCUUUAUGUCUGUCCUGUAGCUCUAUGUCUGUCCUGUAGCUCUAUCUCUAUCCUGUAGCUUUAUGUCUGUCCUGCAGCUCUAUGUCUAUCCAGUAGCUCUAUCGCUAUCCUGUAGCUUUAUGUCUGUCCUGCAGCUCUAUGUCUGUCCUGUAACUCCAUCUCUGUCCUGUAGCUCUACGUUUGUUCUGUAGCUCUACGGAAUGUCCUGUCGCUCUAUCGCUGUCCUGUAGCUCUAUGUUUGUUCUGUAGCUCUACGGAAUGUCCUGUCGCUCUAUCUCUGUCCUGUAGCUCUAUGCUGUGAUUGCCUGCUAGGCUAGCUGUUAUCAGUGUGUCUGUGGCGAGGCUGUUGGUGGUGCUCUCCUCUCCUUUCCUCCCAUGGAGGGUAACAGGAUGUGGCAGAUCAAGGGCCUGAGCCUGGCAGUGGGUGGAGCUUAG